CUUCUUUAGGGUUCUUUAGGUCAACGCCCCGAUUGUAUUUGGAUGACGCGCCCUUCCGCAACCAUUUUGGCUCAAGCCGUUCGAGCUCAUACUCCAGAGGUAACCGCAGCUUUUUGGAAGUACACGUCUGGUUCGGUUCGGUUGCUUCGGGCGUGCUGAGAAUGCUUGAGAUAGUCGUAUGUUUGUUGUGUUUUCUGGUCUGUUUGCUGGUGGUGUGGUUCCACAGCCUUGAGGAAAAAGAGAAACAAGCUGUAAACCGACAAGUGAAGAGGAACCUAUCGUAUUACGCGUCGUCUGCCUUUGCGGCAGCAGCGGCAGAUUGCGCAGGAGACCGGAUUCACGCCCCACUCGUCAGCGAUCUUCUGCUUAUGCGGCCAGGCCAGGUAGAACAAAAACUCGGGCUUGAUGAGAAGAAACACGCUCGGAUCAUAAUCGAUCGUAUUGUUCGUGUCUUGCACGACGAAUUCCGGCCUAUGGAAAUUCGUGUUGGUGGCUCGUUCAAAAAGAACACAGCUUUGAAAUUCAGGUCAGACAUAGAUAUGACGAUGAUAUUGGUUAGAUUUUCCAGCUCUGACCUGUCGUCAUAUUACGAUCGUGCUCAGGCUGCUCUUCAACAAGCUUUUGGCUCAAAUGUGGAUUUCCGAAGUGAUCGACGGAAGCCCUUCUACGUGUUGACGUUUGUCGUUGCAGCUGGGUUGAGCUUUGACGUGGUGACCACUGGAGACCCUCAGCAGAAGUCGUCUGAUGCCAUUUUUUAUUCUGCAGCCACUUCUCACAUUGCGGAUACAGCUAUACGAGAGUUCGGUGAUUCACAUCAUUUGUUUCGUGCAUUGGCUCUUCUGUGCAAGUAUUGGGCGUACAAUUUCGAGCCGUCGCAUGAGGCGCAAAAGAGGCCCAAAUCGUACUUCAUUGAGUUGUUUGUGAUGGAAGCGCUGAGUCGAAGUACCUCAAACGCAAGUCUGGGCGAUGUCUUCUGUCGAGUCCUAUCACUGCUUAAAUGCCCCUCCACAUGUGUCAAAAAUCUCAACCCGAACGCAGAGCCUCAGCUGAUUUCCUUGGACGGACAGAAAUGGAGUGCAUUCCGAGCAUAUGCCAGUAAUACGUUGGAUUCCAUCUCUUCAGAUGUUCGGGACAGCACGAUGUCACCCAAAACAGGAAGGCACCGUUCACUAUGCGAACAGGCUACCGAACUCAUGGAGGACUACCAUGUCAAGAAUGAGACGUCAUUGAUCGAGAACGAAGCUUGCCGCGCCGAGUACGAAGAACCGAGCCGUGUACGCCAUGCACAGAACGAUCAGGAAUGGGAUGGCCGGUUUUGGGAAGGGGACCAUCGGUAUGUUUCGAAGGGCGUGUAUCGAGAAGGACGUCGCUCUGGGCACGCGUGCGUUGUGAAGUGGUUCAAAACAGGCAGCGUCUAUGAAUCCAGCUUCUUUGACAAAGACCUGCUGGCCGUUCGGCAAGCAAGCGUCAUCGUCGAUUCGUUCAACCAUGUGCUGAGAAUGCGAAAUCCGUCGUGGCCGUAUAUCGUGAAGGUUAACAGUCCUCAAGUGUGGGAGGUCAUUGGGAGAGGCGAGAAGAAAUUAGUGGAGCCAUUUCUCGAACGUUUCAAAAAGUUCAAUAGCAAUACUGGCAUGUCCGAUGCAGAUGAAGCCCUUAUGCAGGCGCUGUCACAUUUCUCCUACCAUAUAUCAGAUAGCAGAUGCUUGCUGUGUGAUGUUCAAGGUUGUCCGCCCCCGCCACUGGCACGGUCUCCCACGUACGUUUUGACGGAUCCUGUGAUAUGUUCAGUUUCUCGUUCGUAUGGGCCGCUUGACUUGGGCAAGGAUGGGAUUGAGAAUUUCUUCUACUACCAUAAGUGCGGUCGCCAUUGUAGCCCGCAUUGGGUGAAAGCGCGUGGCGUCUGCCACUUUAGACGUUCAUGGGGUUCGUACAUGCAGGGCUGACUGCGACACGUUCAAUUGGUUGCUCGCAGGCGAUGAGUUUUGAACAGUCAUAUCAGCAGCAGAGCGGUUCGAUUUUGAAAUCGAUGCUGGCAGGACCCCCACGUCUCCCAGCGGCAACAAAAGA